GUAUGUUCUUGAUGUUUCAUGUCGACGACAUAAGGCUGAGUGAAAUCCUGUCUGUGAAAAUGCCAGCUGGUGUGUCUUGGCCGAGGUACCUGAGUAUGUUUUGGGGCCAGUAUACUGGCAAUGCUUGCAGGAGCACAGGCAGUUCACCAUACUACCGACCUGAUCUGAGUAUAGCAGAGAUCCCACCAAAGUCCAGGGAGCUUCAGACGGAACUGCAGGGCUACAAAUUCGCAGAAGAAGCUGGCACGGCUUUACAGAGUAUUAAAGAAGGAAAUAAAUCACUCUGAUAUGGAAUUAUCCAAUAAAUGUCUGAUGGACACUUGGUGUGAGUUUGUAGAUUUUUACAAACUGACAUUUUCGAUUUUAGGUAUUUGACUCGGGUAUGACACACAGGUUGGAAUAUCUGAGUAUGGAUUUGACAUUUCUCUCCUGAGAAAUAAGACUUUCCUCUGGUUUUUACUGCUAAUAUCAGUGAUGAAUGUACAAUACAAAAAUGCAAUUCCAAUAAGGCAAGGAAUAGUAAUGUUGUUUUCCCACUGCUUAAUAAAAUACAAAAAUGUUAUCAGUUUGAUUUCGUUUUUUAAUGUACUUCAAAUAUGAAGAAUGCAUUGUUUUGAUUUUGAUUCACCAUAUGUAUCCCAGUGUAGUUUUUUAAGGUAUACUCUUGUUAUUCAAAAGAUGACUGAUAGUUGUCAGUUGGAUGCUUGUGUUUGACGCAAAUAACAAAUUUGGUAACUGCUGCAUGUGUGUAAUGUUCAUUCAGUGUGAAAAUUAGUAGUUUGACACUCUAAAAUGCACAAAUACACCAUAUAGAAGUAAAAAACAAAACAAAAGCUGAUACCUGUCAGUGUUUUAAAUUUAUUAAAUCUUACUAUAAUUUUGAGAAACAUUUGUCUUGGCUGAUUUCCAGCAAAGUUGUAUAUGGGUGACAAACCUAAAAUUGUACUUAACGAGUUUGUUUUGGCAAAGAAUGGGGUCACUGAGGUCAAACGUCAAUAUUAAAGCCUUGUCAGUUUAACUUGGAUGAUUGGGGUCAAAGUCAUAUCUGCUUGUCUGUCUGUUGGACUGCUGCUCUCAGGUCCUUUUGCUGAUUUAUACCAAACUUGGUAUAUCAUUGAAGGUUGAUCCCAAAAUUUCCUUUAAAGUAUUAAUUUUGGCAAAUGUAAACAAAUUUGAUUUUCAACUUGAUUUGGACCAAAUGUAGCACUGGUGCAGCAUGUCACUGCAGCCACUGUACCAUGAUGCCAUCGUGCAUGGCAACCACCCAGUCACAGCUGAUCCAAGGAUGCAAGAAAUGAAUGUGAAAUACUGUGGCGGUGUCAUAUUGCUGCAUUUUGUUUGUUGUAUCACCCUCCACAUCUUCAUAGUGGGGUGGACCAGAGAAGGAUAUUCAUAGAA